GCACAGAUCAGUCGCAAUCUCAGAAAGUCCUGAUCUUUUGCUACUGAUCGACUAGGGAGCGUUUUGUUCAUUUUCCGCUCAUCCAGACUCCCGCUUUCCCCUGCCGUUUCCGCUUGCAGUCGUCAAGAUGUCGCCGCUUCUGCCCGUCGCCGUGUACGGCCUGGAGGUUCCUCCAGGUGAGGUCAUGGUUCCUGCCGAGAUCGAAUUCCCGGCCACGAUCCGCAUCACCAUGGCGGCCAUCGACCCCACUGCUGAGCCGGAGACCGAUGGCCAGGGCAACGUCCCCUCGGUCCCUCGCUCGACCUUGAAGAUCUACAAGGCGAACAUUGAUGACGAUGAAGAGGACGAGGACAACCUCGAGUCGCUCCUCGGCGGUGGGGAGGACGAGGACGAGUCGGACGAAGACGAUGAGGAGGUCAACGGCGGUCCCAGCGACCCCUCCAAGUCCAAGAAGGCACGCCGGGAGGCCGCCAUCAAGAAGCUUCUCGAGGCCACCAAGGAAGACCCCGACGAGAAGAUGGAAGAUGCUAGCCCAAAACCCAAUGGUGCUAAGAACAAGGGCAAGGCCAAGGCCAGCGACGAGGAUGAGGAGAGCGAUGAGGAGGAUGAAAACGCUGAUGAGCUGAACAUGGAGGAAUUCGUCGUCUGCACUCUUGACACUGAGCGCACCUACCAACAACCGAUCGACAUCACCGUUGGCGAGGGGGAGAAGAUCUUCUUCAGCGUCAAGGGAACCCAUGCCGUCUACCUCACCGGCAACUACGUCGUUCCCGCGGACGAAGCCGAGGAUGAGGACGAGGACGAGGACGAGGACUCGGAUGACGAGUACGACCUCGCUCCCGGCAUCGAGGACGAGGACUCGGAUGAGAUGAGCGACGAGUUGGACCACAUUGACGGCACUCCCCGGAUCAAGGAGAUUGACACCGACGAGGAGGAAGAGGCCCCCAAGCUGGUCGACGCCAAGAAGGGGAAGAACAAGCGGCCCGCCGAGGAGGAGGCUGAGGGUCUUGACGAGAUGAUGGAUAAGGACGAGAAGGCCAAGGACGACAAGGCCAAGGACGAGAAGAAGCUCAGCAAAAAACAACUCAAGAAGCUGAAGAACAACCAGGGCGAGGCGGUUGCUGUUGAAGCCAAGGCCAAGGACUCGCCUGCAGCCAAGGGGGAUAAGAAAGUUCAGUUCGCCAAGAACCUUGAGCAGGGUCCGACCGGCCCUGCCAAGGAUCAGGGCUCGACCGGCCCUGCUGCCAAGGAUCAGGGCGACAAGAAAGCCAGCCUCGGCGUGAAGGUCGUACAGGGCGUCACCAUCGACGACCGGAAGCUUGGCACCGGCCGCACCGCCAAGCCUGGCGAUCGGGUCGGCAUGCGGUACAUCGGCAAGCUCCAGAACGGCAAGGUGUUUGACGCCAACAAGAAGGGUGCCCCGUUCACCUUUAAGCUCGGCAAGGGCGAGGUCAUCAAGGGUUGGGAUAUCGGCGUCGUUGGCAUGUCGGUCGGCGGUGAGCGCCGGCUGACCAUCCCCGCCCACCUCGCCUACGGUAGCCGCUCCAUGCCUGGGAUCCCGGCAAACAGCACGCUCAUCUUCGAUAUCAAGCUUCUCGAGAUUAAGUAAACAAGCGUCUCAGGAUGAGCUCUUGCCUGCCGGGGAUAGGCCCGAUCUGACAGAUCUCGUGGUAUUUUGAGCGCGGCGUCGGCCGUUCUGGGUUCGUUCCAUGUACAUUAUCAUCCCGUUUUUCUUUGCCCAUUUCUCGUGUCUCUAUCUGGAGCCCCCGCGCUUCUUCAUUUCCUAAGACUUGCUCUUGCCCGUGGCUGGGGACGUGCACAGCGCCAUGGAGACUUCUGACCUGGCGCAGUCUGCGAGGAACCCUCUCACUCUCCGGGGAGCAGACUGACGGGUUAACGGGAUGACGAGGUCUGCGUUGCAUAUGGUCGGCGAACGGAAAAGUCUCUCGGUCGGUUUCGGUCUCUUGCGUUUGUUUUCCUUGCCUUUCCGUCGGCCAAUAGGUGCAAUGACAUACCGGCAAAAUUUGAUGAUAUACUCCCUUCGUUUCUCA